UUGAUAUGUGUUGAACGCUUACCAAUUUCGGUAUUUCAUUUAUAGUUUAAGUGACUAACUGCCAUCACGUUUAUUCUUAUUUGGCUUUUACAACGAGUAUAAUGUUAUAAAUUACCAUAUAGUGCGAAGGGAAAGUGAGGUGAGACAGUCAGACAUGAAAGUCAGUUGCAUAAUUCUUAUCUGGUUUGCAUUGCAACAAAAUGCCUUAGCGUCAAACAUAUUAUUUGUGGUUCCCUUUCCGGGACCGAGUCAUUACGUUUUCAUCGGAAAUUUUGUGAAAGAACUCAUAGCUCGAGGACAUGAUGUUACAGCGAUAACAAAUUUCAAAUUAAACGAAAACUCUACGAGGUACAACGAGAUAUUAAUCGAUCCACAGUAUGAUAUCUCUGUUCAUGUAUUGGAACCAGGGAACCAAAAUGCAUAUGUCUAUGAAUUUCAGUAUCUUACGGUGCUCUAUGAGAUGGGAAUCAAGAGUGGGAUUCAUGGAUUGAGAGACAAAAAUGUGCAAAAAUUGAUCCACCGAAACGACGUUCAUUUCGACUUGAUUAUUGCGGAACAAUUUUUUCAGGAAAGUUGGCUUAUGUUUAGCAGAAAGUACAACGCUCCGAUUGUUACAAUUGGAACUUAUGGAUAUUCCGACUUCUUCGAUUCAAUAAUGGGUCUUCGAACAUCGUGGUCCUUCGUACCGCAUAUGAUUACGAAUUACUCAGACCGAAUGACGUUCUUCCAAAGAGUUCACAACACAAUUCUGUCGCUGGUUGAUGCAUUUUACAGAAAAUACUAUUACUUGCCGGCUCAAAACAAUAUUGUUCAAGAGAUUUUCGGAUCAAUUGAAAGUCUACAACCAAUCCCAUCCGUAGAGGAAUUGGAGAAAUCUAUUUCGAUUAUGCUCAUCAAUUCACACUUAAGCAUAGUGUCACCGAGACCGAGUAUGCCGGGAUUAAUUGAUAUUGGUGGUGCAGCAAUAAGAGCUCCCAAAAAGUUACCAGCUGACAUUCAGAAAAUUCUCGACGAAGCAGUUGAAGGUGUGGUGUACGUAAGUUUCGGAGCUAAUGUGAAGUGGAGAGAUAUGCCAACUGAAAAAUUGAAUGAAUUUGUGGAAUCAUUUAACAAUUUGAAAUUAAAAGUUCUGUGGAAAUGCGAUCUAACCGACCUCCCAAAUAAGUCAACAAAUAUUUUCAUACGACAGUGGCUUCCACAAUCCGAUAUCUUAGCCCAUAAAAAUGUUCGCCUAUUUAUCACGCAUGGUGGGAUGUUCGGAACUACUGAGGGAACAUCCAGAGGCGUUCCGAUGCUAUUCAUGCCAGUCUAUGGAGAUCAGUUUCGAAAUGCUGCCAAAACGGUUGAGAAGGGACAUGCAUUGAUAUUGCACAUUGCGGAUGUCACAAGACAAAAAUUAACCGAAAAAAUUGAGACUUUGGUGUACGACAAACAGUACAGAGAACGGGCUGAGAAAAUUUCUAAUAUUUUCAAUGACAACUUGGUUCAUCCAAUGGACGAAGCUAUGUACUGGAUUGAGUAUGUAAUCCGUCACAAAGGUGCUGCUCACCUUAAAUCAGCAGCAGUGGAAAUGCCGUUCUACGCCUAUUAUUCAAUAGAUGUGUUUGGUGUCCUGAUUGCCUUACCAAUAGUAAUAUUAGCUGUGUUGGUGAAGCUAUGCUUAGGUUUGUGUUGUAGAGCGAAAAAUGGUGGAAUCAAAGUGAGUAAGAAAAAGAGGAACUGAAGAAGAGGACACAAACGAUGUGAGUACAUUGACAAAUAACGUUGAUAGGAUUGUGGUAAUGACAUCAGUAACGGCUGCAAAUUUACAGUUGUAGGUCUAACGUAACAAUCAAUGUCCCACAGUAUGUGUAACGUCCAAUGUAAUUAAAAAUAAAGUCCUGAGC